UUUUUUUUGAAACACAAUUAUAAAACGUUUCUAAAUAAUAAAAAAGCUUACUAAUGUUUUUUUUUUGUAGGGAUGAACCACCUUCUCUUAUACUUAGACGUCGUUCUCGCCGGGGUACUUCUUCAGUCACUCAGAGUACGUCACCCGCUAGUAGCCCAGUUGCAGCUACCACUCCUCCAGCAGCCCCCACCCCUCCAGCAGCCCGCACCCCCCCUUCUGUAGCUUCCGGCCCUUCUCAAAGUUCAAGAGGAGGAGGAUUGCCUACUACGAUGACUGUUGCGGAGUUAGUUAGGCAACCUGGCCGAGAAUCGCUUCAGCGCCUUGAUCCAAAUUAUCUUAUUGUCCCAAACACCACUUGGUUUGAUUUGUCUGGCAAUGGUAUCACCAACAGCCUUCUUAGGAUGGAGUACACGAUGCUAAAGCGUGGUUAUCCAACUUUCUAUGACAUGCCUGAAGAAGAUCAAGAACUUUGGUUUCGGCAAUUUGCGGUAUACGUUCUCAAUUUUUAAUAUUAUAAAAAAAAAUUCUACAAUUGUAACUUUCUAAAAAAAAAUUUAUAUUUAUUUUGCAGCAAGAGUUCACUUGGGAAUCAGGGAUUACAGAACAAGUGAAAAUUGUUUUCCGCCGCAAAGCAGCUUCGCACUACACCAAGCGGAUCAAUGAGUGGAAGCAAAAAUUCGAUGUUGGUGAGGUCCCGAAGCACAUCAACCCAGACGUUUGGCGGGAUUUGUGUGGUCAUUGGACGAAAGAUGAGACAAAGUCUUUGUCGACAAUCAACUCGCAAAAUCGGUGUAGCGGGCGUGGUGGGAAAGGGAUGUUUGUCCACAACUUAGGGGCAACAAGUUUACAGACCCGAGCACUUCAGCUAGUAAGUUUCUAAUCUGAUUUUCUUAUUCAUUUUUAAAUAUGUGAUACUAAAUAUAUUGUUUUUAGAUGAAGGAAAACGGUGGAGUUCCCCGUAGAUGAUUUUACCCUGAUGAAGAAUGCCUAUACCAACAAGAAGACUGGCGAGAUUCAGGAUGGACUUAUUAAGGGCGUAAUCCAGGUCGUGGAAAAUCGAAAAGAGGAUCUCCUCGCGACUCAAGCUUCUAUGUGUGAAGAAGGCGAUUCUGCAUCUUCCAACUCCUUAACCGUAGAGCAACUCAACAACCUUGUUCUCGAGGUACAUUCUAAUUUCUUUUUGCUAUGUAUGUGUGAUAUGUGUGUGUGCGCGCGUAUGUGUGUGAUAUGUAUUUGUUAUUUCUCAUUCAGGCUGUUCCAAGGAAAAAGGGCUGUUAUGUUGGAUUGGCUCGUUCGACCGGAGGGGCUUCUUCUUCUUCUUCAGCUCACUAUCCACUCGUUGAUGAGCUUAUGGAGCAGAUUAGGACCAAGGAUACGGAGAUUGAGUUCCUGAAGAAUGACAAUGCUGCAAUCCGGGUUGAGCUGCAGCAAAACCGAACGACUAUGGAGCAAAACAAUGUUCUCACCCAGACCUUGUUGCAGAAGUUUAGGACCCGAUUCGGUGAAGACUUUUAGUUGUUUUUUUAAUUUUCAAAAACUUUUUAUUACUUUUUAUAACUUUAAUGUAUAAUAAUGUUGAAUUUAUAUAUCUAUAAUGUUUUUAAAUUCUA